AUGUCUCAAACUUUAUAUUUCAGCGUUCUUCUCAUCGCUCUCUGUUCAUUAUCUGAAUGCAUUCAGCGCCGCUAUCACUAUAUAAACAUGAAGAAGACCUGGACUGAAGCUCAGAAAUACUGCAGAGAAAACUACACAGAUCUGGCCACAGUCAACAACAUCAAUGACAUGAAACAACUGAUGAAGAGUGUGAAUAACAGUCUGACUGAUGGUGUCUGGAUUGGACUGAAGAAUACAAGUGUUUAUAAAUGGAAGUGGUCUCUGGGUGAUCCUGUGAAUUAUACAAACUGGUAUAAUGAAGACUCAAAUGGUUCAGAUCAUUGUGUUUAUAUGAGAGAUGGAUCAUGGCGUCAUCAGGACUGUAAAGUGAACAUGAGAUUCAUCUGCUACAAUGGUGAUAAAGGAUUCAUCAUUAAUGAUUCUUCAGUAUCAUGGAGAGUCGCUCAGAUCUUCUGCAGACAGUAUUAUACUGAUCUGACCAGUGUGAAGAAUCAGACUGAGAAUCAACAGAUUCAGAAGAUCAUGAAUGACAAAAACAUUUCUGAAGUCUGGAUUGGUCUGUUCAGUGACUCAUGGGAGUGGUCAGAUAAAAGUGAAUCUGGAUUCAGAUACUGGAAGUCUGAUGAACCUAAUGGUGAUAAUCUGAUAUUGAUCCAGAUGAAUCUGAGCUGGUCUGAAGCUCUGAGAUACUGCAGAGAGAAUCAUGUUGAUCUGGUUUCAGUUGAUUCAGAGGAGAUUCAGUUCAUGGUGACUAAAGUGAUUAAUCAGUCCUCUACUGACGCUGUGUGGAUGGGGUUACACUAUUACUGCCAAAUGAACCUCUGGAUCUGGAUACGAGGAGAGGCCGUGUGCUAUCAGAAUUGGGAUUCAGGGAACGAAACAAAACUGAUGAACUGUAACACUGAACACAGAGCUGGAGCAGUUCAGUCUGGAGGAGAUCAUCUCUGGAUCAGCCGUCCUCAAUCUCACAAACUCAACUUCAUCUGCAGCAGAUAUUAAGAUGAAUGAAAUCAUAUUGUAUGUGUCUGUAA